AGAACCAUAAUCUCAACAGGAAAUGUAACAAUGGUACCGCCGCAUAUUCCAUCCCCGCCCCGGCCCCAAUCCAAUGUCUGCAACUCCACCACUUGAUUUUAGGGUUUUUAUUUUCUUCCCUCGUAAUCCUCAAAGUUUUUCUAAUGGUUAUCUGUAAUUCAACAUCAAGAGAACAUUUGACCAAGUAUUGGAUUUGUAUAAUCCGACACUGGGAAGUCCAAGCUUAAACAGUGUGUUUUUAACUCCUAGAAGGCUCUCCAAAGUUCUAAAACGUCACAGCGAUUCGAAUUCCCGAGAUUUCUCUGCUCCAUUUCGUCCUUUUUCCACUUGAAAUGCUCAUUGGACUCAGAAAUCAGAACCCCUUCUUAUGGAAACUGUCACUGUAGGACUUAUAUCGAGUCCCUUCGUCUUCUACGGCUCCCCACAAUCAACUAGGCGUUGUUCUACCAACUUCUUGUCUUUUGGGUUUAUUCAAUCCAAAAAGCUUCGAAGAUUUCCCCAUAAUUUGUCUUGUACUACUCGUUCAACGUCUAGAAACCAGAAAACUGAAGACGGUUAUCGCAGUUUUCGUUCGAAUCUCUUCUGGGUUUUGGUUCCGAUUUUGCAAAGUAUCAAAGGGGUUGUGUUAUCCAAAACCCACAAAGCUCAGAGUGUUUCAGAGGGAUUUGUGGAUGGGGGAUUGAAUGAAAAUUACUUGCAAAGCGGGAGUUUCGGGAUUGCUUUGUUAAGUAUAACUGCGACCGCGAAGCAUCGGAUUAGUCCGUUCGUUGCUACAUUGGCGACGAAUCCGACGUUUGUUUCGGGAUUGUUCGCGUGGUUUUUUGCACAAUCGACGAAGGUUUUGUUGAACUUUUUCGUUGAAAGGAAAUGGGAUUUGAAAAUAAUGUUUGCUUGUGGUGGGAUGCCUUCGUCUCACUCUGCAUUGUGCACAGCUUUGACGACUUCGGUGGCUCUUUGUCAUGGCGUAGCGGACUCUCUUUUUCCUGUUUGCUUGGGCUUUAGUCUUAUUGUUAUGUACGAUGCAAUUGGAGUUCGUCGACAUGCCGGCAUGCAAGCUGAGGUUCUUAAUCUUAUCGUUGAGGACUUGUUUGAAGGACAUCCCAUAAGCAAAAGAAAGCUGAAAGAGCUGCUUGGCCACACGCCAUCGCAGGUUCUUGCUGGUGCUCUGCUAGGAAUUGCGGUUGCUUGGUUCUUUUGUCAGGGUUCCUUCAUCCCAUGUUGAACUGAACUUCUAUGGAAUUCAACCCUUUUCACUAUGGAAAUAGCCCAUUUCUUUUGCUUCAUUGUUUACAAAUGGCAUCAAGAAGUAAAUCACCUGCUAAAUAGAAAAAAAUAUCUCCAUGUUUAUAAAAUAUGUUUUGUUUCAAUA